AUGGUUAUGGUUUUAGCUAUAGAUGUUUCUCAAAACAAUUUAUUAGGUGCCAUUCCUAGUGCACUGGCAAGUUGCAAGGGCUUAGAAUAUCUAAAUCUUCCUUCAAAUGCAUUUGAGGGGCCAAUCCUUACAUCUCUGGCAGAUCUGUCAAAUUUGCAGUUCAUGGAUCUUUCUCGCAAUAAUUUGUCAGGUAUGAUACCAGUGACUUUUACAAAGAUGAAAAUGCUUCGACAUCUUAAUCUCUCUUCAAACAGGUUAACUGGAGAGGUCCCAAAGGGAGGAGUUUUCACAACACUUGAUGCCUCAGAGAUUAUGGGAAAUAUUGGGCCUCUGUGGUGGAUGGAUAAACUUGCCACCAUGCUCUCAUUCCGAUCACAAACAACCAUCAGUCUCCAAAAAGAUUUUGGCAUUUCCAAUAUCAUUUUUGACAAUUCUAUUGAUUCUUUGGCUUCUACAAAAGCACUUAAAGGAUCUGUUGGCUACGUUGCACCAGAAUAUGGAAUAGGUGGAAAGCUUACUACAAAAGGAGAUGUAUAUAGUUAUGGAGUUUUUAUUCUAGAGUUGUUGACAAGGAGGAGACCAACAGAUGAUAUGUUCAUUGAAGGAAUCAAUUUACAAAAAUGGACAAAAAUGCAUUUUCCAAAUAGAAUCUCAGAUGUGGUGGAUAAUUUCGUGCUUAUAGAUGCUCAUGAAUCAGAGAAAUCAAUGAUAAUAGAAUGCCUUACUCAGAUUAUAGAGAUUGGGCUCUUUUGCACAAGGGAGUCACCUCAAGAGAGACCUGAUAUGACUGGCAUAGUUGAUAGAUUAAAUAUAAUCAGAGGUGUGUUUCUUGGUACCCCUAUAACUCAACUACCAAUAGACUUCUCACCUUUUCUUGACAAUACAAGAGGUAUAAAUGUGGAUGGAUCAGGGAACGAUGAAGGUUCAUUUACAUCUACUUCCUAG